AUGAGCUAUACUAUAAGACUUCGAAACUCCAGCAAAAAAGCCAAGUUAAAAAAGAAGUUGGAUGAUGGCGAUAUCGAAUAUUCCUAUGAUGUAUUUCAAAGCAAGCCCACUUCUAGCGACCAUGACUCCAUCAUUGACAACUGGAUUUCUUCCUAUGGGGUAAACCAGCAAACCAAAAACCAGUUAAAUAGUUUUAAGAAGCAAAAAGUCGGCAAAGCCAAAAAAACCUUUAACAGUAUAAUUAUCAAUGGUAAAAAAGUAUCUAUUUUCAUCAUUGAGUUUGGAGAAGAAGACAGCGAUAGAAACAGGGAAUAUUCUGAAGCCAGUGCUAAUGUUGAACUCACAUCUGAUGAUAAGAAUGCCAAGAAAUUAAUUAAUUCCUGUUUUGAAGACCUUGCCAUUCUUGCUCUUACUGGCGGCUCUGAUAGUUAUACUCUUUUUCUCGAAUAA